AUGCUGCGCACGCAAACGAUCGUUCCAACCUUUGCUAGGUGUGCCCGCAGCUUUGCAACUGCUCACUCUCUUCAACCCGGAGUCGUUCAACCUUCUUCUCAAGAAGUAAAGAAUUUGACUCUAGACUCGAGAAACCUUGAAAAGGCUGUGAGACAUAUGCACCGAGACGGUCUUGUUAUCGUUGAAAAUGUUGUUCCUCACCAAGACAUUGAUCUUCUUAACAAGAAGAUGACUGAAGAUGCGGAAGUCUUGCAGGCCCGGGACCCAAUCGCCACACAGAUCACGGCUGCUAUGAUGGGCCAACGACCCAAGUGGACGUUUUGCUCUGCAAACUCCGCCAUGGCAACUCUCCCUGGUGGCACUCCUCAAAGACAGCCAGUUCACUCGGACGCAGAUUUUGCGCAUCCUGAUCACCCCUUUGCUCUUGUUAUCAAUAUCCCUCUUGUCACAACUACACCGGAGAAUGGAUCCACAGAGAUCUGGCUUGGCACCCACAAUGGGUAUGGUCUCGAUACACAAGAGGGUGCUCACGGUGAAAGAGCCAGCGGUCGCAUCAGAGAAGAGCUUCUCCGCCAGCGUAAAGAGGUUUCUCCUCCUAUCCGACCCAUCAUCAAAAAGGGUAGCAUCAUCGUUCGAGAUCUGAGACUUUGGCAUGCGGGAAUGCCCAACUUGACGCAGCAGACCAGGGUGAUGCUCGCCAUGAUCCACUUCGCUCCGUGGUACAGAAACAGAAUGAGACUUGAGCUGGGCGAAGACGUGAAGUCUAUUUUGGAAGAAUUGGAAAGAGAGGGAAAAUUAGGACUGGAUGUACCAGUCGAUUGGGCGAGUAGGGAUGCUGUACUUGAGGGUUACUUGAACCGAGGAUUCGGAAAUAGCUACGAUUUUAGCCAAGAAGCUUGA